UAAAUAGAAGGAAAGAAGUAAAGUUGAAGUAAGCCAUUCUGUUUUGCAUUUUCAUUUUCAUUUGCAUCAGAGAAUCCAAAGCUGUUUCUUCUUCUUCUACUUCUCUUUGUUUUGAGAUGGAGUCUGCUUCAUCUGGAAUUCUGAGAACCAAAUCUGAGCAGAUAGAAAUGGCAUCAAUCAAACAGUCACUGAGUCGAACAGCAUCAGCUGAGACGAUCUCAGUUGCAGACACUAAUGGUGGGCUGUCAAGGAAAUCAAGCUUCGGCAAAAUUGGUUCGCCAGGACGGAGAGUGGGAAACCAUACGAGGAAGUCGAGGAGUGGACAGCUAAAGCUGGAGUUGGAUGAAGUAAGCAGCAGCGCGGCGCUGAGUCGAGCAUCCAGCGCGGGACUCGGCUUCUCCUUCUCCUUUACAGGCUUCACUCCACCCGAAGACAUCAUUGCUAACUUGAAGAAAAGUUUUAGUGACGAUGACAACGCGGUUGAUCUUGAGAGUGGAGGCGAACGAAGAAGGAAAAGGAUGACAACAGAGCCAACCUUACCAAUCUAUUUGAAGUUCACAGGUGUCAAAUAUAAGGUUAUCACAAAAGGUGUAACCAGCACAUCAGAGAAGGAAAUCAUUCAAGGGAUUACAGGUUCAGCAAGUCCAGGAGAGGUUCUUGCUCUAAUGGGACCAUCAGGCAGUGGAAAAACUACGCUGUUGAGUCUCCUAGGUAGAAGGAUUACUGGUGAAAUAUCUGAAGGAUCCAUCACUUACAAUGAUGAACCAUAUUCCAAAUCACUGAACCGCAGGAUUGGGUUUGUGACACAAGACGAUGUUCUAUUUCCACAUCUAACAGUGAAAGAAACAUUAACUUACGCGGCUCUCCUUCGGCUUCCGAAGACAAUGACAAAACAACAGAAGAAAGAACGGGCUUUGGAUGUUAUCUUUGAGCUAGGGCUUGAAAGGUGCCAGGAAACAAUGAUUGGAGGAGCAUUUGUAAGGGGUGUUUCAGGUGGCGAGAGGAAAAGGGUGUGCAUCGGGAAUGAGAUUUUAAUCAAUCCAUCUUUGUUGUUUCUUGAUGAGCCAACAUCUGGCCUGGACUCAACAACAGCGCUAAGGAUAGUAGAGAUGUUACAUGGCAUAGCUGAGGAUGGGAAGACGGUGGUAACAACAAUUCAUCAGCCAUCGAGCAGACUGUUUCACAAUUUUGAUAAAUUAAUCCUUCUUGGCAAGGGGAGUUUGCUCUACUAUGGAAAGGCGUCAGAAGCAAUGCCUUAUUUUUCAUCCAUUGGAUGCAAUCCUCUAAUUGCAAUGAAUCCAGCAGAAUUCUUGCUGGAUCUUGCUAAUGGAAACAUGAAUGAUAUAUCAAUGCCAUCAGAAUUAGAUGACAAAGUGCAGCUGGAGAAUCUGGGAGGUGAUGCAAGAACUGAUAGACCAUCUCCUAAGGAUAUUCAUGAGUAUUUGGUGGAAGCCUAUGAGACUCGAGUUGCUGACCAAGAAAAGAAAAAACUUUUGUUGCCUAUUCCUAUCAAUGAGGAUCUGAAAGCAAAGAUGUCAUCACAAAAAAGAGAAUGGGGAGCAAACUGGUGGCAACAGUUCUCGAUUUUAUUUAGAAGAGGAUUCAAGGAAAGACAACAUGAUUACCUUAGUUGGAUGAGAAUCACGCAAGUUAUUGCAACUGCGAUUAUUCUUGGAUUGCUAUGGUGGCACUCAGAUAGUUCCACACCAAAAGGUCUGCAAGAUCAGGCAGGACUGUUGUUCUUUGUUCCUGUCUUCUGGGGCUUCUUUCCUGUCUUUACAGCAAUCUUCACAUUCCCUCAAGAAAGAGCAAUGCUAAACAAGGAACGAGCAGUUGACAUGUAUAAGUUGAGCGCAUACUUCAUGGCUAGGACAACAAGUGAUUUACCAUUAGACCUCAUAUUACCGACACUGUUUCUGCUCAUAGUCUACUUUAUGGCAGGCUUAAGACCAAGUCCUGCGCCAUUCUUUCUUACCAUGCUUGCAGUGUUUCUAAACAUUAUUGCCGCUGAGGGGGUUGGAUUGGCAAUUGGAGCUACUUUGAUGGACUUCAAGAAGGGAACAACUCUAGCUUCAGUCACAAUCAUGACCUUUAUGUUGGCUGGUGGGCUCUUUGUAAAGAGGGUUCCUGUGUUCAUAUCAUGGAUUCGUUAUGUAUCUUUCAAUUAUCAUACUUACAGACUCCUGCUCAAGGUGCAGUAUGGUCACAUACCAACCUCUGUAAAUUUCAUUAACAUGGGAAGUGGUGUCAGGGAAGUUCUUGCGCUGAUAGCAAUGGGUUUGGGGUACCGGCUACUAGCGUAUUUUUCACUAAGGAUGAAGAUGCAUGUGGGUGCUUAAAUAAAAGACUGACCACCAAGAAUAGGAAUAUGAUCCGGUCAUAAGUGGAGGAUGUUUUCCCAUUAUCUUCACUACACAGUUGAGUUUAUUUGAGGUUAAUGAGCACAAAGAUGGAAAAUAUAUUACUAGAACCUUAUAUAUCGAACUCCAAGAUUUUGUAAAUUAGGGUCAUUUUGCCAAAAUCUAGUACUAAAAUAUUUUCAAAGUUUGUACAUAUUUUUCUUGCCAGGAGAGAUUACAAAUGCCAUCUUAAGCUUAA